AGCCCGGAGCCCGCCAAGGUGCGCGGUGGGCCGGGGCCGUCAGCGGCCCCUCGGGGCAGCGGGGGGCAGGAGGGGCCGUUCCCGGCCUGUUCCCUGCCGUGUCGCCGCGGCGUGAGGCGCGGUGGCCGGGGAGGGGGCGGCCUCGGACCCCCCUGCGGGUGGGGCUGGGAUCGCGGCCUGGCCCCGCGGAGCAGCGCGGUGUGACGCCCUGAGGGGCUGCGCUUGGGGGUGCCCGAGGUGGGGCUGGCUCGUUAGAAAGGGCUGAGCUUCUAGGUGACUCUCGUUCUUCCUCAGUCCGUGUUUGUGGCAGAAGCUUCUCGCUAGUGCAGCUCGCCCUGGCUGCUGGGUUGUGGCAGCCCCUUCUCAGGUAGUUCUGCUGUUGCAGGACGCUGCUGAGUCCAGGAAAUGGCGUUCAACAUGGCUAAUACACUUCAGAAAACACCUACAGUUAAAGCUUCUCCUUCAGAAAAUGUUGAUGCUAAGUUGUCCUUUCUACCUGAAAGACUGAGGAAGAAACUGCUUCCUUUCCAAGAGGAAGGCAUUAUAUUUGCACUUCAGAGAAGUGGCAGGUGUAUGAUUGCUGAUGAGAUGGGGCUAGGUAAAACAAUUCAAGCAAUUGCCAUUUCCUACUACUAUAAAAACGAAUGGCCUCUCUUAAUUGUAGUGCCUUCAUCUCUGAGAUACCCUUGGGUUGAUGAGAUGGAGAAGUGGAUUCCAGAACUCUCUCCAGAUGAUAUUAUCAUAAUUCAGAACAAAACUGAUACUGGGAGAAUAUCAACCAGCAAAGUGACAAUUCUGGGGUAUGGCCUGUUAACAUCUGAUGCACAGACUUUAGUAGACACUUUGUACAGGCAGAACUUUAAAGUAGUUGUGAUUGAUGAAUCGCACUAUAUGAAAUCUAGAAAUGCCACCCGCAGCAAGAUUCUGUUGCCAAUUGUGCAGAAUGCUGUUAGAGCUGUUCUUCUCACUGGAACUCCUGCACUAGGAAGACCUGAAGAGCUUUUCAUGCAGAUUGAGGCACUUUUUCCAAGAAGAUUUGGAACUUGGACUGAAUAUGCCAAAAAAUACUGCGAUGCUCGUGUCAGGUUUUUCGGUAAAAGAACUCAAUGGGACUGCAGAGGAGCUUCAAAUUUAGAAGAACUACAUCGACUUCUAAGUGAAAUAAUGAUCAGAAGACUGAAGAAUGAUGUUCUAACUCAGUUGCCUCCCAAAGUUAGGCAACGUAUUCCAUUUGACCUCCCACAAGCUGCAGCCAAGAAUUUGAAUGCCACUUUUGCAGAGUGGGAGAAAUUAAUGAGAAAUCUGAAUUCAGAUGCCACUGAAAGCCACUUUACUCAAGUCAUGAACCUGAUCACGCGCAUGUAUAAAGAAACAGCCAUUGCCAAGGCAGGAGCAGUAAAGGACUAUAUCAAAAUGAUGAUUGAAAAUGACAAACUGAAAUUUCUAGUUUUUGCUCACCACUUAAGCAUGCUUCAAGCCUGUACGGAAGCAGUUAUAGAAAAAAAGGUUCGCUACAUCCGAAUAGAUGGAAGUGUUCCUUCUGCAGAAAGGAUACAUCUGGUCAAUCAGUUCCAGAAGGAUCCAGACACCCGGGUUGCUAUUUUGAGUAUUCAGGCAGCUGGUCAGGGUUUAACUUUCACUGCUGCUACUCAUGUUGUGUUUGCUGAAUUAUAUUGGGAUCCAGGCCACAUUAAGCAAGCAGAAGACAGGGCACACCGAAUUGGGCAGUGCAGUUCUGUGAAUAUUCACUUUCUGAUUGCAAAAGGAACAAUGGAUACUCUUAUGUGGGCGAUGCUGAAUCGCAAGGCCAAAGUUACAGGAAGCACCUUGAAUGGCAGGAAAGAGAAAAUGCAAGCUGAAGAAGGUGAUAAGGAAAAAUGGGACUUCUUGAGUUUUGCUGAGACCUGGACCCCAAAUGAAAGUCUAGAAGAUCCCAAAAAUGAACUUUUAUUUACACACUUUGAAAAGGAAAGACAGCACGACAUACGCUCUUUCUUUUCCCCAAAAUCCUGCACUGAGAAGAAACGCAAAAUGUUUUCUAGUAAUGAAUCAUUACAAAAUGAUCCAGAGUCAUCUGAGGCCACAAAAGAAGAGGAUGCAGAGAAGAGCAGUGAAAACCUGGAUUCCACAAGAAUAAGUGAUGUGGACAUACUUUGUCUGGAAAGUACUUGUGAACGUGAAACUAAAAGAGCAAGAGGCAUUAGUGGAUCUACUCCAGUCAGCUCUAGUAAGAAAAAGAAAACAUCUCUGACUGGAGAAAGGCCCUCUUUGUUUUCAGAAAAAAACAACAAAGUCUUUCCUUCUGACUUAAGUACUCCAAGCAAAACUACAGCUUUAGAGGAAGUUUGGCACUGUGGUGUUUGCACUUACAGUAAUAACAACUUGCUCCCUCACUGUGAAAUGUGCAAUUCCCCUCAAAGCAGGAAAGUUGAGAGAAACUGUGAAGCUUCCACUAGCCAGGCUGAGGAAGGUGUGUCAAAGGAGUCCAGAAGGGAAGAGAGAGCAGUGAGCAGUGUUGAAGAUGAAAGAGAGGAUUUUGGGGAAAUGGUGACCCAGCAAUCUGAUGAAGUCAGCAAACAGGAAGCUGUUGAAGUUGAAAAUGAAGGAAGUGAAAGGAAGUGUGAAGGACAAGUAGAUAAAUCAGACAUGUUUCCAAUAUAUGAUGGGCUUAUGUUUUGUGCAAGCAAGAAUACUGACAGAAUUCACCUCUAUACAAAGGAGGGUGAACCACUGAAUCAUAAUUUCAUUCCGUUGGACAUACAGCUGGAUAACUGGGAGGAUUUACCAGAAGCUUUCCAGCAGAAACGAAAUCGUUCAAUGAUACUGAGGUUUGUGAAAGAAUGGAGUCAUCUAACAGCAAUGAAACAGAAAAUCAUCAGAAAAAGUGGUCAGAUAUUUUGUAGUCCUAUUCAUACUGCAGAGGAGUUGUCUAAAAAGCAGUCAGUGGUCAGCAGCACAAAAAGGUACGUGACCAAGGAGGAUGUAGCAGCAGCCUCGCUCAGCAAAGCCAGCAGCAGCGGGGGCAGCGUGCGCCUCAUCUCCAGAGACGGUGAGAUUUGUCUGAAGAAUCCAAGUGCAUCUAUUGACCAAUCAGGUCAUUCUGCAAAGUUGCUUUCAGGAAAGGAAGGCGGCCUUUCAGUACUCAGUUCAGCCCAGCCUGGAGCUGAAGGCUCCUCCCCAUCCAAAGGCUAUUUGCAAGCCUUGGACAGCCAAGGGAACCCCCUGUGCCUCAGCUGCCAGCAGCCAACAGCUCAGCUUGACCCAGGCUGCCAGGCCCGUGCCUGGGACACACGGUUCUGCUCCCUUGCCUGCCAGGAGGACUUCUUGAUUCGCUCUAGUCAGAGCUACCUUAGGACUAAAGUGUUUGAAAUUGAACAUGGUGUUUGCCAGUUUUGUCAUCAGAAUGCCCAGGAGCUUUAUCUCAGCAUCAGAGGAGCGCCCAAGAGUCAGCGGAAGAAGCUUCUGGAGAGUUCCUGGAUGUCUCACCUUCCACUUGGGCAGCUGAAUGAGAUGCUAACGAACCCCACAGAGGGCCAGUUCUGGCAGGUGGACCAUAUCAAGCCCGUUUACAGUGGAGGAGGACAGUGCUCCCUGGAAAACCUGCAAACUCUGUGUACCAUCUGCCACAGAGAGAGAACUGCAAAGCAGGCCAAGGAAAGAAGCCAGAUGAAGAGACGUUCUUCAGCGACGAUGUAUGGCUGUGAUAUCACCAAAUUUUUUGUGAAGAUGUAAGAUGCAAAAUAUAUUUAGUUACAGCACAACUCAAAAAUGGGUAGCAUUGUAUAGCUUUCCUCAUGCAGUGACUUGAAAAAAAUCCUUGCAGUCUAGCAUGCUGUUGGUAGAGGGAAGAAAAUGCCGAGUUGAAACCAAGAAAUCAUUUAUAUUAUGAUGGUCAGAGGGCCCUGGGUGAGUGCAUCCAAGGUACUUGAUUAUGGUUAUAUUUUUAUGACCCCAUAGUUUAAAUUCCUGAGUGUAAACUUAGUGCCAUUUUGAAGCAUUAUUGUUUGCCUGUUACAGGGUAGGUCUAACUGCAAGAAUUUGAGGAAGUUCUGUUGAAACUUCCAUUAGUCUUAAAGGGUUCAGUUGUACUGGGGACAUCAUGGACCAAACAAGACACUUAGCUGCAAUUAUUUUCUUUGUUCUCGUAUCAAAAUUACUGGAGAAAAUACAGGCUCUGACUUCUAUUAUGUAAAAAAAUAGCAAAAGUGAGUGAUUUGUCUCUUCUAAAACUGUUUCAUACCUACAAAACAUUUUAAUAGCAGCCUUGGGAACGCUCUCAGCAGCUAGGAGAGGCCAACUGUUGGCCCAGGGCCAGAUGUUUAAGGCUUUUGCGUUUAGAAAUAAUGUCUGCUGAAAUCUGUUUUUUCUUAAACCAGCUUGUAUUAAAAAUUAUAAUGAUAGAGAACAACAAAUAUUACUAAUUAUCUCAAUAAAGGUAGUUUCUGGCAAAUGCUGCAGGCAGUCUCUUCAACAAGAUUGCAGAUGCUGGGUCUUUUGGUCUGUGUAUGUGGCUUUCUUUUCAGUUACUUCAAAUAAAUACAGUUCUGUUUUUCCUGGUGA